AUCAAAACAUAACCUCUAUUUCUGUCAAAAUUUGAGAAUAACAAAGAUUAAAUAAGAACUUUAUGGAUAAACAAAUUUGUGUAGUCAAAGAUGUCGUGCUUAUUUAAUAAUUUAUUCAAGAAAGCAGUUGUUCACAGUAUCGUUGAAAAUUCGUUGAAGGCUUAUCAUUUUCAAAGAAGUGUUUUUUUGGUACCUAUAGCACAUCCAAAAUUUGCUACUAACAGGUAUAAAAGUAAAAGCAGUAGAAGCAAAGGCAAACUUAUUAACAAAGUUUCUGAAUCGGAAACAGAAUCAGAGACAAAAGACGAUGAUAUAUUCGAUGUUAAUGAUAAAAGUGCCAAAACUAUAGAAGUAAGGGUUUCAUCCUUAAGAGCUGAUUCAAUACUAAAAGUUGGACUUGGUAUUUCAAGAAAUAAAUUAGAAACUAUAUUUUAUGAAGGUAGAAUAAGAGUAAAUGGUACAAAAAUUCCUAAAAAGAGUGUAUCUGUCCGAGAAAAUGAUGAACUAGAUGUUAUAAAGGGAAAGCAGACAAAUUCCGAUUUUUUGACUAUUUCAAGAUUACUACUCCUAGGUAUUAAAGCGGAAGAAGAUAUAAUAAAAAUUAAACUCAGACGCCAUAAAUCAUUGACUGUUGAAAACUAUGAAGGAAGAGAUGCCUGGACCCAAUCAGAGUCAAAUGUAUAACAUGUAAAUAAUGUAAGAUAUUCGCAGUGUUAAGUCACAAUGAUGACCUCUCGUGGAUUUCAGCUGAACUAGCUUCAAAGGGGGUUUUUAAUGUCAAACACUGUGCGUACGUGCAUUAUUUAUUUUUACAUGUUUUCUUAUAAAUGUUAAGAAUAUACAACAUAGAGGCCAACUUUUAAUGAAACGUGAAGAUUCCAUGUUAAUCAUUUUAUAUUACCCAAUAAUUAAUUUAAAACAUGUAAAAAUAAAUAAUGAAUAUUACCUACUUGAUUUAAAUGUAUGUGCGCUCAGCAGUCGAUAUUGAAAGCCCCUCGAAGCUAGUUCAUCUGAAAUCCACAAGAGGUCAUCAUUGUGACUUAACAUAGCGAAUAAGUUUACGACAUUUUGUUAUUAGUUCCUAUCUAGUGGAGGUACACUUCGUGUCAUAAAAACUGGUACAACUCUUAUAACCGAAAAUCACGUUUUUCAAGUUGUGUAAGUUGAUCCUAUCACAUGUGCCAUUCUAAUUUCUAGGACAACGUCAGUUCAACAAAUAUAUACCAAACCAGCUAAACGCAGGGCUGUGCGACUGACUACAAGUUUUUAGUAUACCAAAAUCUAAAACAAUAUCGAGCAGUCUCGAUCAGUUAGUCACAUUUAUUUAAACAUUCUUCCUUAAAAAAUAUUUUGGAAUUUUCCAUCAUCUCAAUUUAGUACCCAUAUAUUGUUUCGUGUUCUAUUAUAAUGUACUUAGUAUGAAAAUAUUUAAAUUCAAAAAUAAUAAUAGAUAAUAAAUCUAGACAUGACUUUUAAGUAUUAUGUUUAAUUUCAAAUUGAGAGGUGUGAUUGGUUUCUUGUAAAUUGUAGCACAAAACUGUAUUGAGUUGCAGGAUACUAGAAUAAAUAAAACACACUGGAAAAACUAAAAUUGAAUUUGAAAUUAAUACAAAAUGAAUACUUACUUAACUUUUACAGUGAACAAGUGUGGAAUUAUGAAUAUAUGUAUUACAAUUUGAAACUGCUGAAAUAUUUUGUCAUACCUCCACUAUUAUUAAUCACUUCUUGUAAUUUUCUGGGCACUGGGUUAAUUAAAUUUAGUGAUAAAUUUUCAUCUUCGGACAAGCUUUCCCAGGUUUCUUCAAUGAUGGUCAAUUAUUGUUAAUGAUAAAAAUAAUACCUAUCUAAAAACUUUAUACAUUUUUAAACGUUAUUUUUUUGUAUUUAGAUUUAGUGCAAUUCCAUUAUCCGUGAUAGCAAAAACAAAGUGAUUCGCUAACCAUUGUGUCCAGUCUGAACUGAACACAAGUUUAUAUUUGGGGAAAAAAAGUAUACAAGUUUUAUAUGACGGGAAGUGUACAUGCAGCAGCAGUUGUUAUACAGUCGGAAUAUGCAUAUUGAAUUUGGUAUGUUCAAACCAGUCUUGUACAAACAGUCAGAAAAAAGUGUGAAUAUAAAAUCUUAAGCAAAAAUCCAUAAUAAUUGUUAAUAUAAAUAUUUUUUUAAAAUUA